UGGACCAAGGAGGAGAAGAAGCUACCAGAAGAGAAGAUGGCCUGUCUCUUGCGAGCCCGACCUACACGCUCGCGGACCCAACUAUCACCCCGGCCACGGUGAAUGACCAGGCCCAUGUUAUCACCACUCAGACCCAGAAUGUGAUCCCUAUGUCCGAAACAGCGACGGCUCCACAAGCAGAAGAAGGAAGAAUGAGGCCCGAGAAGAAGAGGAAACCAGAGCACAUGAGCCCAACGUGCAUCUCACUGCCAACACAAGACCCUAUCUCUAACCUGUCUUUUGACUCUCUUUCUUUUGCCCCAGUAGAAAGCAGAAAGACAUACCAGAGGAGGAGGAGCAUUAUCAGAAGGAAGAGCCUUGCAGAUAUUACAGCAGAUGGGAGCCAAUCCGAAGAGGGGGAAUCAUCCACUCCGAGGGCGCCGGCGGCAGGCCUCAAGCCGCCAAACAAUGAAUGAGAAUUUUAAGCUGGAAUUGUAGGGGAUUCGGCCAGUCCCUUACAAGAAGCUACUGCGGCAGGCUUUGCCGUCAAUUUGGCCCCUCAAUUCUCUUCCUCAUGGAAACGAAGAAAGAUGAAUCAUUCAUGGAAGAUAAGAGGAGAGUGAUGAGGUUUGACCAUGGAGAAUAUGUUAAUCCAGCAAGUGGAGGUAGUGGUUUAGCUGUUUGGUGGAAAGACGAUGUUGAAGUGUGUGUGAUUGAUAGGUGUAAGUCCUUUAUGGACAUUAGCGUUAGUUAGAAUGGAGUGGUUUUCUUUUGUACCUUGGUCCAUGCUCCUGCCACGGCGGUAGAGAGAAGGACAUUGUGGGAUCGACUUACGAUCCCGAGGGAGACUCCAGACGAGUCUUGGCUCAUUGUUGAUGAUCUGAAUGUGGCUCUUUUCCCUUAUGAGAAACAGGGGCGUUGCCCCCUUAGAAAUGAGAAUGUAGUCCUGUUCAAAAAUUUCAUCGACAGUAAUGGACUAGUUGAUCUUGGGUUCUCCGUGGAGGUUUUUACUUGGUCCAACAACCAGCAGGGUGAUGAUUUAAUCAGGGAAAGGCUCGAUAGAGCUCUCUGCACUUCUAGUUGGCUCAGAUCUUUUGAAAAAGCAAGGGUCUUCCAUGAAGACUUUGUGGAAUCUGAUCACUGCCCGAUCAGAAUUGAUCUCCACCAUUACAAGCCAUCAACCUACACCCCUUUUCGCUUUGAUAAGCGAUGGAAGGAGGGUGAAGAGUGCAAGCGGAUUAUUCUUGAUAGAUGGGUUCCGGGGGAACUGUACAAGGGAUCUUGAAUGAUUGCCAAAGAAACAUACUGGCCUGGGAAAAACUGGACAGGAUACAUAAACUGAAGAGAGAAAAAGAAUUAAGACAGAGAUUACAAGAGCUCCAAGGUCCUAUCAGGACCCAGGAAAUGGUCGAGGAGGAAAGUAGUCUGCUUCGGGAGCUUGACAAGUGGUGGACCUCGGAAGAAUCCUUCUGGGCCCAGAGGUCAAGAAAUGGAUGGCUUCAGGAAGGGGACCAGAACACUGGUUUCUUCCAUUCUAGCACUAUCCGAAGAAGCACAGGAACAAAAUUCUUAAAUUAAGAGAUGCAUAUGGAAACUGGAUUGAUAAACCCGAUGAGUUGGAUGAUCACGUCAACGAGUUUUAUAGAUUUCUGUUUGAGAGUAGAAGAUGGAAUUUUGACCAGUCACUGUUGACAGGGUUCCCUGUUUUGGUUACAGAAGAAGUCAACAGCCUCCUAUCUGCUCAGAUCACAAAGGAGGAAGUUCGCAAAGCUGUAUUCCAACUCGGGGCAAACAAGGCCCCGGGCCCCGAUGGAUUCCCAGGCCACUUUUUUAGGACAUACUGGUCCUGCCUCGGGGAUACUUUCUACAAAGAGGUCAUCGAGUUUUUCAGGACAGGAAUCAUGAAAGAGGGCUGGAAUGAUACUUUCAUCACUCUGAUUCCUAAGGUUGACCAACCCGAGAUGAUUGCCAAUUUAGACCAAUCAGAUGUUGCAAUUUUCGUUACAAAGUCAUCACGAAGAUUAUGACCAUUAGACUGCAACCAUGGCUGCCAAACCUAGUAAAUGAGCUUGAAUCUG